AUGACUCCAUUACAAAAAUUAAGAGUAAGAACACAAAUUCAAGAGGUUAUCAUGAGAGAACUGUCUGUACCAUCAUCUCAACCUAUGAAUAACAAUUUAACUUAUUCUUAUCAAUAUCCAAUACCUGUACAACCCAUGCAAUCAUCACAACCUAUUCCAUUCCCACCCAUUCAUCAUCCUAUGCAAUCUUUAGCGACUGAACAGUCUUUAUCACUACAAACUGAUCCACCAAAUUAUAACACAUAA